ACCAUAAGUAUCAAAUAGGUAGAAAUUGUACUGGGAAGUAUAAGAAACUUCCCCAAACAUUACAGACCCAGAAAUUUAUCAUAAAGGACACACCAACUUCAAUCAUCAUCAUUUGCUUCCACUAGCCCGUGAUCACUUGCUUCCACUCUUGAAGGAAGCAUUCAACAUGAUUAGGGGUGUCCCAAAAGAAAUUGCAGAAUUGAAAGAUGAACUUGAAAGAAUUGAAGUCUUCAUCAACGAUGCGGAUAGAAGGGCUGAUGAUGUAGAAGACAAGAAAAUCAAAGACAUGAUCAAGCAGCUGAUAGAAGCAUCUUUCCACAUGGAAGAUGUCAUUGAUGAUUAUAUCUUCCAUGAGGAACAACAUGCUCCUGAUCCUGGAUGUGCUGCUGGAGCCGUUGACUUGGUGAAAACUAAGAUUCUUCGUCUCCAAAUUGCUUACAAGAUUCAGAACAUCAAAUCCCAAAUUAGAGAAAUAAAAGAAACAAGUGAAAAAGAUCAUGGCUUCCACAUCCAAUCUUCUUCGGAUAAACCAUCAAGUAGUUCUGCUUCUUCGGAUAAACCAUCAAGUAGUUCUGCAACAAACAGAAACACCUCAUUAUUCCAGAACCUUCGAGAUGCUCCAUUGUAUUUGGAUGAAGCUGAUGUUGUGGGCUUUGACGAGCCACGAGACAAAUUGAUUGAUUGGCUGAUAGAGGGAAGAGCAGAACGCACAGUUGUCUCUAUUGUUGGAAUGGGAGGACUGGGGAAAACCACUCUUGCCAAGAAAAUUUUUGACAACCGAAAGGUCGUUAAACACUUUGAUUGUCAUGAAUGGAUCACGGUGUCUCGACCAUACAAUAUAGAAACAUUGUUGAGGGACAUUUUGCUCGAGAUUUACAAACAACAAGGGAAAGAUCCUCCUCAAAGUCUCCAUCAAAUGGAUCGAAAGCCAUUAGUUGAUGAAGUGAGAAACUACUUGCAAGGAAAAAGGAUGUUGCAGAUGCUUGUAAGAAAUCUUUUGGCAAAGUGCAUGAGCUGGAACGUUUAUCUGAAGAACAGUCUUUGGAAUUGUUUAAAAAGAAAGCGUUCCAUGACUUGGAUGGAUUUUGUCCAGAAAAUCUUUUUGACAUAUCUUCCAAAAUUGUUGAAAAAUGCAAAGGAUUACCUCUAGCAAUUGUAGUCACCGGUGAUAUUUUAUCUCGCAAAGUUAGAAAUCCAAUUGAAUGGUCUAAGUUUAGUGAAAAUAUAAAUGUAGAGUUAGAGGAAUAUUCCACAAUAAGAAAAAAUUUAGGAUUUAGUUACCAUGAUUUACCUUACAACCUCAAGUCAUGUUUCUUGUAUUUUGGAUUCUAUCCUGAAGACUAUAUAGUUCGUUCAAAGGUGUUGACUCGCCAAUGGAUCGCUGAAGGGUUUGUGAAAGAAGUCAAGGGAAGAACAUUGGAAGAGGUUGGAGAAGGAUAUUUAAUAGAGUUGGUCCGUAGAAGUUUGGUGCAAGUAGUUUCAACAAGUAUAUGGAAGAGUAAAAAGUUGUCGUGUACAUGAUCUAGUGCAUGCAAUGAUCCUUGAGAAAUAUGAGGAUUUAAGUUUUUGCAAGAAUAUUAUUGAGGACAAGCAAUUGUCUUUAACUGGAAUGAUUUGACGCCUAUCAAUAGCAACUACUGAUAAUUUAAUGAAAAGUAUUGAAAACUCACAUGUUCGAUCACUGCUUGUUUUCACACCAAAUACAUCACUUAAAUCCUUUGUAAAGACAAUCCCUACAAAAUAUAGGCGGUUGAAGGUGCUUGCUUUGAUGCAUGAGUAUUUACCUGAAAUUCCUAAUGAUUAGGGAAGUUUGAACCACUUGAAAUAUUUUGAGUUCCUGAUGAUUGGAGGAAGAGAUUUUGGAAUUCCAAAAUCCAUUGGCAUGCUCGUGAACCUAGAGACUUUGGAUUUAAGACAUAGAAUGACUGAAAAUCGUAAUAUGCCAAAGGAGAUUUGCAUGCUUAGAAAGCUACGCCAUUUUUUAGGCAUUCGUAUGUCUUUGAUUGAGUUGAAGGAUAGUAUUGGAGGCAUGACAUCCCUACAAACUCUAAAUAGUGUUUGUUUAGAUGAUAAGGAAGAUGAAAAUGAUAAUAGAGUGGUAGAGCUAAUCGAAGAUCUAGGAAAGCUAAAUCAGCUAAGGGAAUUGGUCUUGCUCGGUGUUAGGAGUAAAUAUAUGAGUGCUAUAUCUUCCUCAAUCAA